AUGGACAACCGGCCCGCUUCCGAGUACGCACAGCCAGGUUCGAACCACCACCCAAACACCGUGACCGACGCACCUUCUGAACAAAAACCUGCAGACCAAACUUCUGCUGCUGCUGCUCACUACACCCCGCAACCUGAGGCUCGUCCUACGCCGCAGUAUACGCCGCAACCUGAGGUCCGACCUAAUCUUCCCGCGGCCAACACCCCUCAAUCGGAUUACGGUCUGAAUCCUCCGACCGCCCGCUCGCCUGCCUAUCAGGACUACCUUCACCGUCCUCCUCAAUCCUACGCCCCCAACUCCCAACCCGGUGGUGCGGCAGGUAUGGCUCAAGCAACAAGUCCGUUCAACACCUUGCCUGCGGGCCCGCGCAGUCCGCACUCCAAGUCUGACGCGCCCGUUCCUAUAGAUCCUUCGCUCCCGGCCAACAGCCCCACCUAUCCUCCCCCUUAUUCUCCUUAUCAGCCUCAGGGGCAUGAGAUGGCGCAGUAUCAGGGUCACCCCCCUCCGCCUCAACACAUGUACGCGCGUCCGGAUUGGCCUCACAGCUAUGGACAGCAACAUCAUGGAUUGCCGGGACCUUAUGCUUCCCCGGCCACAACGGUUGGUUCUACCUCUCCUGUUGCUGCACUAGGGCGAGCUCCAAAGGUCUAUUCAUUUGUCCCAAUUCCUGGUGCACAACAGCAUAAGCGUCCUCGUCGUCGUUAUGAGGAAAUUGAGCGCAUGUAUAAGUGUGGAUGGAAUGGAUGUGAGAAAGCAUAUGGUACUCUAAACCAUUUGAAUGCACACGUGACUAUGCAAUCACACGGUGCAAAGCGCACUCCUGAGGAAUUCAAGGAAAUCCGCAAGGAAUGGAAGGCUCGCAAGAAGGAGGAAGAGGCUCAGCGCAAGGCUAUUGAGGAGCGUGAGCGUGCUGCCGCUCAGGCUGCCCAGGCCAACCAGGUCGAACCUCCCAACCCAUCUGACCCAUCCCAUGGACAGCCGCCUGCCUAUGCCGGCGGAGUCCGUCCUCAACUUCCUCCGAUCGGAUACCAGCCCGCGGAUAGUCAGGUCCCCGGCCAAUAUGGUGGCCCUCCUGGCAGUGGUAUGGUCUAUCAGAACAAUGGACAGAUGGCAUACCCUCCCAACUACCCUCACUCUCCCUACCAGAGCGGACCCGUGUACCCGCAACGUGAGUAA